AUCUUCCAAUUGCCAAAUUGUUUUCAGAUAAUUAAUUCUUUAGUCGAUGAAUACACAACAAGCUUCAAUUGGAAACGUCAAUAAAUGGUGGAGGAAGAGGGCAAAAGUUUUACCUUUAAACCAAUUCCAGCCGCCACACUUACGCCAGAGAGUCAUCGAGAUGGAGGAGAUAUCAGAGACGGCAAAAGCUUAUUAUGCAAAUUUGUCAGAGAAGCAGAAGCGAUUAGCAACCAAACUUUUCAAAGAUUUAGAUACCGACGGAGAUGGAAAAAUCAAUUUCGACGAAUACAUGCAAAACAUCAAGCAGAAGGGCUUUAAAACAAUGGCUUCCUCUGAUUUCUUCAAGAAGCUAGACAAGGACGGAAAUGGCAGUUUGGAUUUCGAUGAAUUCAUCACUGUCCACUACAUAUGCACAAGCGAAAGGGUUUUCUUCUGUGAUGAGUGCAGAGUGUAUCUUGCUGGAGUUUACUUCACUUGCGUUCAAUGCUUCGAUGGUCCUGGUAACACCUAUGAUCUUUGCUGUAAUUGUUAUCGAGAUAAAAAUGUGAAUCAUCACAAGGAUGCUCUGUUUCUUGAUAAUUACACCUUGCUGCAAGCCAGGAGGAAUCAGAGAAAUAAGGGUCAGGGCAAAAAAGGAGAAGCUGCAGAGAUGAUUGGAGUUGCAGGUGCUAGUAUUGAGACUACAUCUAAUCUUGUCAAUUUGUGCAGCCAAAUGUAACCCAGCAAGUGUUGGCGUGUUGGCUGCUUCUAUUUUGUACUUUUUAGGAAAUUUUUAUAAUUAUGAUAGGUUGCCUAUUUAAAAUUAUUAUUUGGCAGAAUAUAUAUAAAUAUGUAUAUAAAAUAUAUAUAUAUAUUUAUCAAUAAGUGUUGGAACUAGUGGUUCUCCUUAAACAAGA